UAUUUUUCCAUCAAGUCGCCAGCAAGUGCUCCACUCAGAAAAAAGGAAGCUAUUCCAAGUAACAGAUCAAUUUUUCUGGGAAGUCAAGUCUGAGUAAUAGCCUUCCCUUAGCAUUUAGAUAGGAAGGCAUGCGUACAGAGAGAGCUUCUGAGUUGAUUAAGAUACUGGGACAUAAUGGCAAUCCACCUGAAAAUAUAACUGAUAAUGCCACAAAUAAUACAGAUUGCAUCCAAGUUGUGGUCCCAGAGGAAGUGUUCUUUGCCAUUUCCAUCAUUGGAGUUUUGGAGAAUCUGCUGGUCCUCUUGGCUGUGAUCAAGAACAGGAACCUCCAUUCCCCAAUGUAUUUUUUCAUCUGUAGCUUAGCAGUUUCUGACAUGUUGGGCAGCCUAUAUAAGAUCCUAGAGAACAUCCUGAUCAUCUUCCGGAACACGGGAUAUCUCAAACCUCGUGGAGAUUUUGAAACCACAGCUGAUGAUGUUGUAGACUCCCUGUUCAUCCUUUCAUUGCUUGGGUCUAUUUUCAGCUUAUCAGUGAUUGCUGCUGACCGCUAUAUUACCAUUUUUCAUGCUCUUCAGUAUCACAAUAUCAUGACAAUGAGACGCGCUAUAAGCAUCCUAGCAAUCAUCUGGGCAUUUUGUACUGGCAGUGGUAUUACAAUGGUCAUCUUCUCCCAUGAUGUGCCCACUGUGAUUUCCUUCACUUCAUUGUUCCCUUUGAUGCUCAUUUUUAUCCUGUGUCUCUAUGUGCAUAUGUUUCUACUAGCUCGUUCCCAUGCCAAGAAGAUCAUCUCUUUGCCUUCAAGUAGAGUGCAACCAAGAGCCAACAUGAAAGGAGCCAUCACACUUACCAUCCUUCUUGGUGUCUUCCUCUGCUGUUGGGCCCCCUUUGUCCUCCACAUACUCCUGGUGACAUUCUGCCCAAAUAACCCUUACUGUGCCUGCUAUUUGUCCAUUUUCCAGGUGAAUGGAAUGCUAAUUAUGUGUAAUGCCAUCAUUGACCCAAUGAUCUAUGCAUUUCGGAGCCCAGAACUAAGGAGUACUUUCAAAAAGAUGUUCUGCUGUUCUGGAUACAAGUGGAAUUAAUAAAUUUUUAUCAAGAAGCAGUACAUAGCUGUUAUCAACCACUGAGUAGCUGGUAAUGAUUUUUAAAAGAAUUAUAUGCACAACAAAAGAAGGUUUAAAUGAAGGUCUCUGUUUUAAUUGACUACUUUUUCCAUGUGGCAAUUUCCCCCAUCCUCAAGAAUACUGAGGCUCCAUUAUUCCACAGAUAGGAGUUCUUAAGUUACUUUGACCUCCCCAAAACAAAAGACAACUCACUUGCUUGUCUUCUAUCUGCUUACCAAUCCCUCUGGCCUUAAAAAUCUCUAAAUUGAAGUAGUCUGUAUUUUGAAAACUGGAUUUUAAAACCCAAAUAAAUCUAUUUUAGGGCCUCUAUGGAUCUUGCUCCACAAAAGAAUCAAUAGAAGUAAAUAAUAUUUAUUUGAAUCAAAUCCUGAUGACCAUUAUGUCCUUUUUUUUAAGUCAAAUAAUCAAAGUAAAGAAAAGGCAUCUUGGGGCUGUCGAGUAAGAAGUUUUGAUUUUAUAUAAAGAUUUUGCCUUGUAUUCUUGGCUUAAGGAAACCAAGAUAGUGAACAAUAGUGAAAACCACAGACUUCUUAUUAGGGAAUGAAAUUAGAUACAUAAAAUAAAAAUUCCCCAUCUAUUAAGAGAGAUGAACUAUAUAAGGAGGCACAGCCAUUACAGAAUUUAGUAGAAAAAUCCCAACAGUUGGCUAAUAGAAACAAGUGAUAAGUAAAGAAAUGAAAUUAACCAAUUCCUUGACUUUUAAUAAUUGGAGGAACUUGUCCAAAAUGAAAGUAAUUUUGUAUUUGACAAAAAAAAACACAGAAAAGUAAUACUAAAAAGAUAGGUUAAAAAAACAAAAUUUUGUUUUAGUCCAAAGGAAAGAAAUAAAGUGCCUAUAUUCAAGACAGGCCUAAAAACCCAAAUUUAGAGAAACAAAUAAAUCCAGGCCAAAGGCAUUAUUGGUCAUAAUGGUGGGAAAACAUCAUAGUAUCAUAAGAUCAUAGAUUUUAAAAGGGAAGAGAUUUAUUUGUGUGUAUAUUGUCGAUGUUUCAUUUUAUAACAUGACUAAUAUGGAAAUGUUUUAUAUAAUCAUUUAUGUAUAAUCUUGCCAGUUUACCAGCUCUGGGUAGGGGAAAGGAUAGAGAA